UAUAAAUAUAACCUCAUACGUUUACAACUUCCCAACUAACAAAAACAGAGAAGAAACAAAGAGAGAAAGAUUAGGAGUUUUAGUAUCCAAAAUUCUGAUUUUCUGUUUAAAGCUUUUUGAAGUAAAAGAGAUGGAGCAGAAAAAGGGAAACAACAACAAAGUUGAAGAAGAAGGAGAUAUGGGAGUUAUAGUCCAUAGCCAAGUAAGAAAAAUAAGGCAAGAAAUGGAGAAAAUCAAGCAUCCAUCUUUGCAGCAGACGGAGAUGAGACCAGCUGUUCGUGAGAUUACAGGAAAACAACAGCAACAAAGAUCAAGAUCGCCGUUGGGAUUAGCUCAAAGGCCUAUUUCUGUUGGAAGCUAAUACGUUGUGUUCUUCCUUUUGUUAGUUUCUUCAUCUUUUUAAUUUUCUCUUUAGUAUGUAUAUAUACAGAUAAACGAUGUUUUGAGUAGUCGAUCUCAUCUCUUGUGGUUGUAUUUGA